AUGAGGCUCCGCAGCCUAUGGCUCAUGGCGCAGAGGGACCCGCUGCCUGCACACCGCAUUGUCAAAUUCCCAUUAAGGAAGAUAAUAAGUCAGAAUGUGGCACAAAAAGCCGGGAUACUAAAGAUUCACCGAAGCACAGAAGUAUCAGCAGCAGCUGUAGCAGAGGUAAUGAUUGUAGGUGACGCAGUAGAGAAUACAGAAGUGAAAAUUCUCACGCUAACUAUUCUGAGGGCUUUGUCAGUGACUUGCUCUGAAACAGCUAGAAGCAGGAAACGUUUAGAAAUAUCAGGAACUGAAGAGAAGAAAACACAGGAAAAGGAAAAAAAGAAAAAGGAAAAGAAGAAAAGAAGACAGGUGAUAUGCGUUCUUUACUUUGGUCUGAAUGCAGGAGGAAAAAAAUUGCCAGCUGAGAAGAUACCACGUGAGAAUUCUUCGUUUUUAAGCCUGCAGAGUAGUAUGAUUUCCCAGAAAAAAAAUGCAGUGGCUCAGCGAAUAUCAUCAGCAAGACUUCACAAAAUUAAAGAGCUGAAGAAUGAAAUAUUUGAUUUACAACACAAACUAGAAGCAUCAAGCUUAGAAAACCACGUUUUGAAACAGCUUCAGCAUCGACACUCAAAAGCGAUAGGUAGAUAUGAAAAUUCAGAAAGUAACUUGCUGGAUCUUUUAGCAAGUCAUUAUAAUGAGGUGAGAGCUUUAAGGAAACUCCUGAGGAUGUCUCAGGAGGACGAGAGAAACACAUCCAGGAAGCUCAGAAAAGUUGAAGCAGAGCUGCUAAAAACUAAAGAUGCUUUGCAGGCCUUGCAUAUGCUUUCAGAAGACAAAGCUCUUGCAGAGAGUGAGGAACUUGAUCACAGAUUAUCAGUCCUUACAGAAAAAAUGGAAGUGAAUAAUAAGAGAAUACAGAUCUGCCUGGAAAAGCAGCUGAAGUUGAACAAUAGCACCUUUAGUCAUCAGUUGGCAAAUGAGAACAAAAAAGCUGUGGAAGCUGGGAUAAUUACAAAGAACUUGCAAAUGGAAAUUAACUCUCUUCACCAAAAAAUUAAGGAAAAGGAUCGGCAGCUUUAUGUAAAAAAUAUCUAUGCAAAUCGGAUGCCGAAAAUCCCAAAAGACAAAGGCAAUUCAGUACCUCAUGAAAAAAGUCUUAGUAUAAACAGAUCAGUCCAAGUAGAUAAACAGAGUUUUAGAUCACUGCUGCUGUCAGAGUACCAAACUCAGGAAACAGAAAAAAGUCCAGUUCGGCUAACAAAGGAGGAAAAGUCUUCCGAAGAUAAGAAUCAAAAAGCAAAAGCAAACAAAGCAUACACAGAUGCCCAAUGUAGAACAGAAAGGCAAUCAACCGAGAAAAUACCAAAGCCAGAAACUUUUAAUAGAACACGUAGAGAGUAUUUAAGGGAGGGCAGACUACUGAUGGAAGAAUACACUUGCUUGGAAUUUAUGAAAGAAGACAAAGAAGAGACAGGUUUGCUUGAACGGGAGCUGAAAAAACUGAUGAAAACUGAACAGACUCCUCUAAGUGACAGUGUAAAAGAGAGCAGUGAAGAGGAAGAUGCAGUGGAAGAAUAUGAGAGAGAAGGAAAAAAGCCAGAUGAACAGCUAAAUAACAGUGAGAAGGCAGAGAGCAAACAUGUAACUCCAGGUCCAAGGAACAAAAUGCUCAUUAGGCUGAAAAAAAAAUACAUAUUCUCAGAAGCUACUGAGAAUUUGCACCACGGGCUUCCUACAUCAGGUACAAAAUCCAAAAAAGGCAGUCUUUGGAGCCACAGACAUGCAGGUCAGGAGUGCGGUGAAACAGCUGGAUCAAAAGUGAAAAAUUCCUUUGGGCGAUACGAACCAUCUUUUGGUAAAGUUACCAAAACAGGGUGGAAGGACAGUUCCACUGAAGCGGAAGGCUGCGCCCACAGGACAUUCGCUGACAGGAAAAACAGUCUUAUGAAAGAACUCUUUGGACCAGGCUGUGUUUGAAGAGACAACCAUUCAAGUUCCAACAUGAGAGGAAUGGAGAAGUGA